AUGAGUUUAGAAUCCAUAAGGUACACCAGAGGGAGUUUGGAUAUUUUAGACCAAUUACUUUUACCUCUGCAGACAAGAUACGUCAAAGUAGAAGGUGUUGAAGAUGGUUGGAAAGUUAUCAAUAAAAUGCAGGUGCGAGGAGCCCCCGCAAUAGCAAUAGUUGGUUGCUUAUCAUUGGCUGUGGAACUAGAAAAAGACAAUAACUCGGACAAAAAAGUAAUGAGGCAAGAGAUUGAAGGUAAACUUAAUUACCUAGUGUCGGCGAGGCCAACAGCUGUAAACAUAAAACUGGCAGCUGAUGAACUGAUAAAUUUAGCAAAUUCCCUGAGUGCCGACGAAACUGUUACACCUGAAGAUUUUAAGGAAAGAUUCAUUAGUAGAAUAGAGGGAAUGCUCAUUAAAGACAUAGAGGACAACAAAGCAAUAGGGAGGUAUGGAUGCGAGGCUAUUUUGAAGAACUCUGAAGGUGAUGGACCAGUCCGAAUCCUGACACAUUGUAACACUGGCUCACUGGCCACUGCUGGGUAUGGAACUGCAUUAGGAGUGAUUAGGUCUUUGCAAGAAAGCAAGAGGCUUGACCAUGUAUACUGCACGGAAACCAGGCCGUACAACCAGGGUGCAAGACUCACCGCCUAUGAGCUGGUUCAUGAGAAGAUACCGUCAACCUUGAUAGUGGACAGUGUGGUAUCAGCACUCAUGAACUCAAGGAGGAUAACUGCAGUUGUUGUUGGUGCAGAUAGGGUAGCCGCAAAUGGAGACACGGCGAAUAAAAUAGGUACAUAUCAAAUUGCGAUCGCAGCGAAACACCAUGGAGUGCCUUUCUACAUAGCCGCUCCUCUAACUUCUAUAGACAUGUCCCUAACGUCUGGAGAAAGAAUAAAAAUUGAAGAACGACCAGAGAGAGAAAUGACUCAUGUUGGCGUCCAUAGGAUUGCGGCCCCCGGUAUGUUAAAACUUCCAUCGAAACUACAUGGACCCUUUCUCGACGCGACCCGCGCACGUUCCAAUUUAGGUAUCAAUUGUUGGAACCCUUCAUUUGACGUCACGCCCGCUGCUUUAAUAACGGGAAUCAUCACUGAAAAAGGAGUAUUUGCUCCCGACAAACUGAGUGAAAUUGAAUCUAAAUAA